UCGAAUCUGAAUGCAACAGGUGUACAUAUCAAUGUGAUACUGUAGAGUUUGUGGCUUAUCUAGAAGUCAUUGUCGCUCGACCAUUAUUAUGGGGUGCAUAGUGUCUGACCGCAACAGGUUGUCAAAAGACACCCUCCGUGAUAUCUAUUUGACCACAGUAAGGACUGAUUCUGACAUACCAUAUCCAGUGUAUAUGGAUGAUUUUACAUUGGAACAGAAACACUUGGUCUCGUCCACUUGGCAGAUUGUUAGUGACGAUAUCGCUCGGGUGGGAGUCAUCACAUUUAUGAGAUUGUUCGAGAAACAUCCAGACUUACAGGAUUUAUUUGUGCCUUUUCGAGGGUUAAAUUCGGAUGAGCUUCGGAGCAAUGUUCGGUUACGAGAACACGGCCUGCGUGUGAUGGGCACAAUCGAAAAGGGAAUAGCUAGACUACAUAAGCCAGGAAAUUUAUACAACAUGUUGUACGAUCUCGGGAACAAGCACAAAAUGUUUGACACUAAAGUGGAACAUUUCGAGCUUAUUGGUCCUGUUCUACUUCACACUAUUAAGCCGACCAUUGGAGAAAAAUGGACACCGGAAGUGGAAACUGCGUGGUUGAAGUUUUUCUGGAUGAUUGCAACUAUCAUGACUGAAGGCAUGACCGACUCGUUACACAACAGCUGAUCAGAUAAUCCAGCUGGUCAAACCUGACCUCACUGCUGACCGGAAACAGCUCAAGUCUCGGAUUCGUUAAAG